AUGUGCACCAUCACCAAGGGGCCCAGCAAGUUGGUCGCGCUGCGCUGCACAGGUCCCACGCAGCAGCAGGUGGAGGGACCGCUCGACGAGCUCCUAAAAUGCAGGCAGCCCACGCCGCCAACCUUGCAGCCCGAGCGGGCGCAGCCUUUCGCGCAGUCGCCGGGACCCUGGCCCCUGUUGAGUCCAGGGCCAAGGCUUGUGUUCAAUCGUGUGAAUAGCCGUCGGGCCCCCUCCACGUCCCUAUCCCUCGAGGGGACCCAGGAGACCUACACACUGGCCCACAAGGAGAAUGUCCGCUUUGUGUCCGAAGCCUGGCAGCAGGUGCUGCAGCAGCAGCUGGAUGGUGGCCCAGCCAGUGAGGGCCGGCCAAGCCCUGUGCAGUAUGUGGAGAGUACCCCCAAUCCCCGGCUGCAGAACUUCGUGUCCAUUGACCUGGAGGAGUGGUGGGCGCAGCACUUCCUGGCUAGAAUCACCAGCUGUUCCUAGGGGCUGCUGGGAGGGAGCGCUGCUAUGGUCGACCUAUGGCCAGGAGAGGAGCAUGGCUUCCCGCCCACCCACUGCGCCUGAUGGUGGUACGGGCCACACCUGAAGUGCCAGCAUUUGGACUUUUGCACAUGUUGUUCUGUAGACCCGGCUGUCCCAAGCUGCUAUGGCCAGGGGUCGAACCCGUCUGACCUCAGUCCUGCUCACUGUGCCCAGGGACCAGAGACCAGUCCCUGGGAAAGUCGGGGAGGAGCUCCAGGCUAAUAAAGUCGAGAAGCUGCCAA